CUCCGGGGCCGGGAGCGUCCCGCGCGCUCCGCACCGGCCGCCCGGGGCAGACGGGCUCCGGGCUCCGGGAGGGGAGGGCGGCCGACCCGCUCCGGCCCAGGUGGUGGCAGGGCCGCGGCCGGUCACUUCCAGGACCCCCGGGCCCGCGCGGGGCUCGCCGCUGCCGCGACAGCACCCCUGAGCAGGGACGCGCGCCAGGAGUCCUAAAGCAAAAACAGAAACAUGGCUCACCAUACUACAUUUCUUUGGAUAAUUUCGGUCCUGCUUCUUCAGAAUUCUGUGUUAGCUGAAGAUGGGGAAAUAAGAUCAAGUUGUCGUACUGCUCCGACAGAUUUAGUUUUCAUCUUGGAUGGCUCUUACAGUGUUGGCCCAGAAAACUUUGAAAUAGUGAAAAAGUGGCUUGUCAAUAUCACAAAGAACUUUGACAUAGGACCGAAGUUUAUUCAGGUUGGAGUGGUCCAGUACAGUGACUACCCUGUCCUGGAGCUCCCCCUGGGGAGCCAUGAGUCGGGAGAGAGCUUGAUGGCGGCCAUGGAGUCAAUACAUUACUUGGGAGGAAACACACGGACUGGAAAGGCCAUCCAGUUUGCCCUUGAUUACCUUUUUGCCAAGUCCUCACGAUUUCUGACCAAGAUAGCAGUAGUUCUUACGGACGGUAAAUCCCAAGAUGAAGUCAAGAAUGCUGCAGAAGCAGCAAGAGACAGUAGAGUAACGUUAUUUGCCAUUGGUGUUGGGUCAGAAACAGAAGAGGCAGAACUUAGAGCUAUUGCCAACAAGCCUUCAUCCACCUAUGUGUUUUAUGUGGAAGACUACAUUGCAAUAUCCAAAAUAAGGGAGGUGAUGAAGCAGAAACUUUGUGAAGAAUCUGUCUGUCCAACACGAAUUCCUGUGGCAGCACGUGAUGAGAAGGGGUUUGAUAUUCUUUUAGGCUUGGGUAUAAAGAAAAAGGCUAAGAAGAGAAUUCAGCUUUCACCAACAAAGAUUAAAGGAUAUGAAAUAACAUCAAAAGUUGAUUUAUCAGAAUUCACAAGUAAUGUUUUCCCAGAAGGUCUUCCUCCAUCAUACGUAUUUGUCUCCACUCAGAGAUUUAAGGUCAAGAAACUGUGGGAUUUAUGGAGAAUUUUAACCAUUGAUGGAAGGCCACAAAUAGCAGUUACCUUAAAUGGAGUGGAUAAAACAUUAUUAUUUACAACAACCAGCAUCAUUAAUGGCUCACAAGUGGUCACCUUUGCUGACCCUCGAGUUAAGACAUUAUUUGAUGAAGGGUGGCAUCAGAUUCGUCUCUUAGUAACAGAACAAGAUGUAACUCUGUAUAUUGAUGAUCAACAAAUUGAAAACAAGCCAUUACAUCCAGUGUUAGGGAUUUUCAUCAGUGGGCAAACCCAAAUUGGAAAAUAUUCUGGGAAAGAAGAAACUGUUCAGUUUGAUGUCCAAAAGCUACGAAUCUACUGUGACCCAGAGCAGAACAACCGGGAGACAGCGUGUGAAAUACCUGGAUUUAAUGGUGAGUGCUUCAACGGUCCCAGUGAUGUAGGUUCAACCGCAGCUCCCUGUAUUUGUCCUCCAGGAAAACCAGGACUACAAGGGCCCAAAGGUGACCCUGGACAGCCUGGGAAUCCUGGCUACCCUGGACAGCCUGGUCAAGAUGGUAAGCCUGGAUAUCAGGGAAUAGCAGGGUCACCAGGUGUUCCAGGAUCCCCGGGAAUACAAGGAGCACAAGGACUGCCGGGUUACAAAGGAGAACCUGGGAGAGAUGGAGAAAAGGGUGACCGUGGACUUCCUGGUUUUCCUGGGCUUCAUGGAAUACCAGGAUCAAAGGGUGAAAUGGGCCCCAAAGGAGAAAAAGGAUCACCUGGAUUUUAUGGCAAAAAGGGCGCAAAAGGUGAAAAGGGAAAUGCUGGCUUUCCUGGCCUUCCUGGACGUGCUGGAGAACCUGGAAGACAUGGAAAGGAUGGAUUAAUGGGUAGCCCUGGUUACAAGGGAGAAGCAGGACCUCCAGGUGCUCCGGGGCAGGAUGGAUCUCGAGGAGAACCUGGCAUCCCAGGAUUUCCUGGAAACCAAGGAUUAAUGGGACAAAAAGGAGAUAUUGGGCCUCCAGGACCGCUAGGGAAGAAAGGAGCUCCGGGAAUACCUGGUUUGAUGGGAACCGAUGGCUCACCAGGUCAGCCUGGAGCCCCAGGAUCUAAGGGAAAUAAAGGUGAACCUGGACUUCAAGGGCUGCCUGGGGCUUCUGGGCUCAAGGGAGAGCCAGGAGCGGUGGGUCCCCCAGGAGAACCAGGAUACCUGGGUUUACCUGGAAUUCAAGGGAAAAAGGGGGACAAAGGAAAUCAAGGUGAAAGGGGCAUUCAGGGUCAAAAGGGAGAAAAUGGAAGACCAGGGAUUCCAGGAUCACAGGGAAUUCAAGGCCAUCACGGUGCAAAAGGAGAGAGAGGUGAAAAGGGAGAGGCUGGUGCCCGAGGUGCCACUGGAGCCAAAGGAGAGUCUGGGGUGGAUGGUCUGAUGGGGCCCCCAGGCCCCCAGGGGCCACCCGGGCAAGCAGGUCCUCCAGGCCCCCCAGGACUGGAUGGGAAACCCGGGAGAGAAUUUUCAGAAGAGUUUAUUCGACAAGUUUGCACUGAGGUAUUAAGAGCCCAGUUACCUGUCUUACUUCAAAGUGGAAGAAUUCAAAGCUGUGAUCAUUGCCAGCCCCAGCAUGGCUCCCCUGGUAUUCCAGGGCCACCCGGUCCCAUGGGCCCAGAAGGUCCCCGAGGAUUCCCUGGUUUGCCAGGAAGAGAUGGUGUUCCCGGAUUAAUGGGAGCUCCGGGACGCCCAGGUGCCAAAGGACUAAAAGGCCUCCCUGGACGGAACGGGGCAAAGGGGAGCCAAGGACUUGGAUACCCUGGAGCACAAGGUCCUCCUGGUCCCCCAGGUCCAGAAGGGCCCCCUGGAAUAAGCAAAGAAGGUCCUCCUGGAGACCCAGGCCUCCCUGGCAAAGAUGGAGACCACGGAAAACCCGGAAUCCAAGGACAGCCAGGCGCCCCGGGCAUCUGUGAUCCAUCGCUGUGUUUUAGUGUCAUUGUUGGAAGAGACCCCUUUAGAAAAGGACCAAACUAUUAGUUUCUGGUGCCUCGUCCAGUAGCCUUGGCAUGGUGCUCUUCUUUUGUGGUCUUUGCAUCUCAGGAAGAUAACAACAGUAAUCCCUUGAAAAGAAACUCAAGUACCUCGGUGUUUUUAUUAUUGUUUUUCCUUAGGAAAAAUAUAGAAAAGGUCACGUAUACUGAUUUUAAAGGCUCCUCAGUUCUUUGGACCCUUUAGAUUGGUAGCAUUAACUAAAUCUCAAGGGUUUCUUAUAAGUCCAUUCGUUUUAAUCAAAGUUGAAUAUAUAUGUAAAAAAAAAAACCACCAUUGCCUGUCAGCCAGUCAGUUUCAGUCACUGUGAAAAUUUCACAUUCAGCCUCUGUGCAGCAGAGUAUUUGAGUUCAAUUUCUUGUCUGUGUGAAUUUCAUGUUUCAUAGCUCAUUCUUCUACAUUAGCUGAAACGUGCAUCUGGCCGUGGGAAAUGAGAUCAGGGCUGAUAUUCAGCUUGGGAACAGACUGUAUCACCACAUGAGCACUAUUCCAGCGUCUGUGCUUAUCAGACAGGGUUUAGCCAUUCGGUGCUUUGAAUAUCACCUGUGAAAGAGAUUAAUGUGUUUCUUACUCCGUUUGCAAAUUCUCAAAUGAUUCAAUGAAUGAUGAUGCUAAAAAGAGUAAUGAUUACAUUGGGAAUGGUCUAAAUAUGAACCAUUAAAGACAUUCUGGAGAAAAAGGUUCAUUAGACCUGGUCAAUAUGUUCCAAGGAAUCAUGAGUUCAGAAACACUAAAAAUGCUUUCUUCUUCAUACCUGCUUAGUAAUGGGAAUGUUUGUGGCAUGCCUUCAUUUUCCAUUUCAUUUACUGUAUGUGUAUGUUUAUAUAUGUUGACGUUUAUUGUAACAAAGCUAAUGGGAAUCAGUGCUCUAGUUGACAGGAAAGGUAACUCCAUAGAUCCUAGGAUGUCUUGAGAAUUUUUUAGCAGACUAAAAUAUUUUAAACAAUCUUGUUGUACUGUACUUAAUGCUUUUGUAAGGAAUGUAACUUGAGAUAGUCCAUCCUUAUCAUGCUCUAAAUUUGUUACAUGCUUGUUAUUCAGAAUACAAUAAAAUCGUGUAAAAGCUUGAA